UUCGUCAAACCGUAAACUUUGAGCAACCGAGUAUUCCCACGCAUUAUAUAAAUACUCUGAAUGCUCUGGAUAUUAAAGUAUGGAUGUUUUCAUUUCCGUGACUGCUUGGUAAUUUGUAUUAUUGUUACAUUUUGAAGCGAAAGUGUUUUGCCAUAUCAGCAAGCAACCAACGUUAUAGAGAUGACGUAUGAACGUAUGGACAACAAACAGUAGUUGGACUUGGAGACAGAGCAAGGUGGAACAAUCCCUGAGCAUUCCUGUGCGGAGUUUCUAACGGCGGCUGACAAACGCGACAGUAUUUUAUGAGCGCGGUUUACAGUACAACAAUACGCGAUUGCAUGGUGGUGGUUAAACCAGGAGUUUGGAUUUGUCCUGGCAGGCAUAAGCGUCAGCUAACGUUAGCACCACUGAAACAUGCCGUGGACUAUGACGCCUGUUUUUCUUUUUGCCUGACCGAGGGUAAUGAUGCGAAACGCUAUGGUGAGAUGCCGUGCGAUUUUUAAUUUGUUUAAUCUUUAACCAGAUGAUGGCAUGGUGUGAACCCACGGUAUUUUAUGUGGCAGCGCGCGCCGUGACACUGGCCUAAAUGUUAGCGCGUGUACUUUUAUCCAGCUAGGUAGGUGUAAAUGAGACGUUCUUGGCGCAAGCUAAUGCUAACUGACAUUAUCUAACGUAAUGGAAGCACCGUGAACCACUUUUACACUAGAUGCUGGAUAUAGCCUUUUCUUACCCAAAAUAUGUAUGAGCGAUGAUGCACCUGAAACGACAACUUAUUGUCUAUUAAAACAGUGUCUUUGGAAGCAGAACUAUUGGCGGACAUAGAGCAGCACAGCUGGGACUUCUACUGUUUAUGCCCAGAUAUCAGCCCCUCAAUUAGCUAGCAAGCUAAGCUAGCUCAUGAUAGGCUUCCAACAUAAAUCCUAGUUAGUUCUAGUGGGAAAACAAACGUGUCAGCAAAGUAGCCUGCUGGACAAGUUUUGGAACCUUAGCUGAAACAGUAAACUGCAGUCACUUUCUUCUUAAUUCGUUGUCUCAAGUCUGAAUCCUGCAUCUCAAAUGUUUCAAUAGAGGAUGACAUACAGCUAGAGUUGUGAACCAAACUAGUUUGUUGACAAAUAUCUCUACACAACCUAAUCCAAUAUGCUGUCAGGUCAUAUGUCAGAAUUUCCAUUUGAAUGUCAUUCACCGUUUGGCACAGGUAGUGUGAUGACUUCAAUGAGUUAAUAGCCUCACUUGGCUGAUUAUUGUCAAAUAAUAUAAAUGUUAACUUGACAUUUCACAUCAUUGUCAAAUUUGCACAACUGAAGCAAAUAACGCACUUCGAGGAACGCUGCAAUUUUCUCGAGCAGUUGUGGUAAUUGGGCGUGCAAAGCAACUGUAUUUGUAAAAUAUAACGUGUAGGUGAUGAUUAAACUGAAGUCAUUUGUUUCUUAAUUGUGUGUAGAAAUAUUAGAAAACUUCCUUUCAUUCAGACUUUGCUAAGAAGACAGUUCUGUUGACUAGAAUUAAGGGGCGACUGGAGCAGAGAGGAUCUACUUGUUGCUAAACUCGGUGGUGCGCGUGUGUUCCAUCUCCCGACAUGAGAAGAUGAACAGCGAGGAGCCAGCCUUAGAUUUGUGCAAUGCCAAGAACAGCUCAGGGGAGAGCACAGCCGCAAACCCCUCGGGGGACGAAAUCAUCCCCAGGAACAGUGACUUGCUGAUGGAUGGAGAGGCCGUUAAACAAGUGGUGGACCUGCCAACGCUGGCCAGGCUUUCCGCCUGUCCAGUUGGGGAAAAUGAUGAACCCGAACGGACGAAAGACAAGUCGGAUAGCGUGGAGGUAAAUGUAAACAAGAACAACGGUAUAGCAGUAAGUGCUGCAGCGGUUGGUUCCGACCCAAGUGACUGCUCUGAUGACAACAAGCAUCGCAACAGCAGUGACAUGGUGCCGGAGGCGCCUGUCAUCGGCCUCUCCAUAGGGGUCGGCGUGGAUGUAGGGGACAUGGAUAUCGGUGUGGAUUUAAGUUUAGACGAGACUGGCAUUUUGGAGCCGGAACCACCGGUGCCCAAAUCUGAAAGUGCCUCCGGUGGCACCGGUGUGAACUUAGAGGCGCAGCUGGACACGUCGGAAGCAUCAGAGAAGUCGGCCGAGAUGGGACAGGGGGAUGCUUCUGUAAGCCUGUCCCAAGCAGAGACCCUCUCCUCUCCGACGUCAGAUUUGGGAGAGGAGCAGACACUCAAACCCGGGGCCAAGAGAGUGACGUUUCCUUCUGACGAGGACAUCGUGUCUGGGGCAGUGGAACCCAAAGAUCCCUGGAGACAUGCCCAGAAUGUGACGGUGGAGGAGAUUAUGAAUGCCUACAAGCAGGCCUGCCAGAAGCUCAACUGCAAGCCCAUUCCCAAAGUGCUUAAACAGAUACAGGAGCUGACUCAGCUGAAUCAGAGAAAUGAGUGCCUGGACCUUAAAGGAGAGAAGUUGGACUACAAGGCGUGUGAGUCGCUGGAAGAGAUCUUCAAGAGGGUCCAGUUCAAACUGGUGGACCUGGAACAGACCAACUUGGAUGAGGAUGGGGCGUCGGCGCUGUUCGACAUGAUCGAGUACUACGAGUCGGCCACGCACCUCAACAUCUCCUUCAACAAGCACAUCGGCACACGCGGCUGGCAGGCUGCCGCCCAUAUGAUGCGGAAGACGAGUUCUCUGACCUACCUGGAUGCGAGGAACACGCCCCUGCUGGACCACUCGGCUCCGUUCGUGGCUCGAGCCCUGCGCAUGAGCGGCAGCCUGGCCGUGCUUCACCUGGAGAACGCAGGGCUGUCCGGACGCCCCCUCAUGCUACUAGCCACUGCUCUGAAGAUGAAUAUGAACUUGCGUGAGAUCUACCUGGGCGAUAACAAGCUGAAUGGGCUGCAGGAUUCGGCCCAGCUGGGCAACCUGCUCAAGUUCAACUACAACAUCCAGAUCCUGGACCUGCGCAACAACCACAUCCUGGACUCCGGUCUGGCGUAUCUGUGUGAGGGCCUGAAGGAACAGAGGAAAGGUCUGGUCACCCUGGUGCUGUGGAACAACCAGCUCACUCACAACGGCAUGGGCUACCUCGCUGCUGCUCUGCCGUGUACCCAGAGUCUGGAGACGUUGAACCUGGGUAACAACUCGGUGGGUAACGAGGGGGUCCACAAGCUGAAGGACGGCCUGGUGGCCAACCGCUCCGUACUGCGCCUCGGCCUCGCCUCCACCAAGCUCUCCUGCGAGGGUGCGGUAGCGGUGGCGGAGUUUGUGGCGGAGAGCCCUCGUCUGCUGCGGCUGGACCUGCGUGAGAACGACAUCAAGACGGGCGGCCUCAUGGCCCUCUCCCUGGCCCUCAACAUCAACACCUCCCUGCUCAGACUCGACCUGGACCGGGAACCCAAGAAGGAGACGGUGAAGAGCUUCAUCGAGACGCAGCGCGCCCUGCUGGCGGAGAUCCUGAACGGCUGCAAGCGCAACUUUGUGCUGGCCCGGGACAAGGAGGAGAACGAGCAGAGGAUGCGCCAGUCGGCCUCCAUGGCCGAGAUCUCCACCGAGGACACGCCGCAGCCCUCCGACGAGCAGGAAGGGGACCAGCUGGCUGCCUCGGCCGCGUCCACAACGUCCUCGGCCCCCACCGAGGGCCAAUCGGCAUCGGGAGAGGAAGGAAAGGAGGACGGGAAGACAGAGGGGGCGGGGAAGGGGGAAGGUUUGUCGUCGCAAGCGGCUGCCAUUGCCGUGGUGGGCGAUUCGGACUCGGACACUGAGGAAGAGGAGGAGGAGGAGACUGUGGAGAAGGGGGCAACGGUCACAGGUGCGGCCAUGGUAACGGCAGCGUCCUGUGUAAACACCACCACUGCUGCUGCCGCUGCUUCUGCUUCUGCGCUUUCACAACAGACCAGCCCCACAUUCGCAAGCCCCUCACACAUCCCCAGCCCAGCAGCCAGCCCCACCACCACCACCACCACCACCACCACGGCUGCUGGAGCUACACCCACCACCCCCAUCACACCUCAGUCCCCCAGCCCCAACCCCGCCCUGUCGGGCAUCACAGUCACCGAGGCCCCGGUGUCCCCCGGCACGCCCCCUUCUUCCGGCCGCUGCUUCUCGGUGUCCAGCCCGGGCCGCGGCCACAAGAUCUUCAUGGUGACGCGCGUGGAGAGCCCCCCCGAGCAGCCGCCGCUCCUGGCCCAGCUGCAGGCCUGGCGGGAGCAGGACCGGGCCAAGACCCAGACUCCGAACCAGACCCAGAACCAGACACAGAGCCAAAGUCAAACUCAAACGCAAAGCCAGGGACCACCAGCCCCCCAGACCACCGCCUCCAAAGAAAGCAGCAGCAGCAGCAGCGACACACCGAAGCCUACAGUGACAGCCACAGAGGAACAGAGCCCCGAUGAGGAGACGCCGCAACCCUUGCUAGACCCCCUAGGGGUGGCGAUACUUAGCCCUCCAACACCACCAUCAUCCCAGCCCCAGAAACCGUCUGCACAGCCCCCUGUGGAUACCGCUCUGGGAGUACCAUCCCCCACACAGCUGGGUACGACCACCACAGCAGUAGUAGAAGAACUGAAGGAGAGAGGUGCGGAGACCAAGGAACCAAGCCAGCCUUCUGAAGCACCAGAGACAUUGCCGGGGGAAAGCGCUGCGCUUCAGGUCGGCUCAAACACACACACAAAGGCCCCAUCUGAUGAGGCCAGCACAGACACACUAGCAGAACAGGUCCAGCAACAACCGUCUGGCCAUGAGAGUCUGUCCACAGAGUUGCAAGCUGGAGAUCCGAUCGAAUCUGUGGAGCAGGAGCCGGCGCAGGCCUCUCAAGCGAUCGCCGAGAAGGAAUCUCAAUCAGCUUCUAAACAGCACCUCCAAUCACACCGGCAGGAACAGAAGCAGCAGCCACUGCUACUGCCUGAGCAGUGUGAACUGCCAGUCACAGCAGAAACAACAGCAUCAGGGGUGAGUGCUGAGGCGGAGCUGAUAUCAGGGCUGGAUAGCCCAGCGGCGCCAGACUCCUUCCCAGGCCUCCAGGAGCCAUCUUUGGUCGGAGAGACUGAGACAUUUGGGCAGGGGGUUGCAGAGGAGGAGGUGGAGAAGCUGAUCUCUGAUCAGUCAUGUCCUCCUUCCUCCUGCUCUUCCUCCUCCUCUUCUCCUGCUCCCCCUGCUGUUGCACCUCUCCUACCGGUGGCGUCCGCAGUCUCGUCUGUUUCAGAGUCUGCGGCUCCCACACAGGAGCAACACGUCACCCAGGCAGAGGAGGACCUCACCGCGUUGUCUGCAACAAACACAGACGUGACAACAAAGUUAGACGAGCUCAUGGCGUUCGAAAUGGCAACGACAGACACAGCAAAGGUAGCGGAGCUCGUCCCAGUAGAUAUGCGCACCACAGACACUACCGACAAGGUUGAAGAACUUGUGUCAGUUGCUGUGGCAUCAGCAUCAGACACAGCCCCUGCCGCAGAAGAACUUGAAACGGUUGCUGUGACCGCCACAGCUAGAGCCGCAGAAGACGUCAGACCAGGCGGUCAGACUACCACAGGCACAGAAGAGGAAAUUGUCACGGUUGAUGUGACGACCGCCUCAGACACGUCGUCACAGCAGGCCGAUGAGUCGUCGUCGGGGGACUCUCCGGAUGACGGGAGCUCGACGGACGAGGGGGAGAGCGGCACGACAGAGGAGUCCAGCGGAAGUGGAAGUGGAGGAGGAGGUGGGGGAGGUGGAGGUGGAGGUGGAGGAUGUGGAGGCCUGCCCAACGGACUGAAGCCUGAGUUCGCCCUGCACCUGCUGGAUCCCGAGGGGCCCAAGCCUGGCAGCUGCGUCAUGGAGCACGUGGCUGCAGAGCUUCACUGCGGGCAGGACCUGGAGGAGCUGCUACUGGAGGCCAGCCUUGACGGCGGACGCGAAGCUCCCUAAUGCCGUCACCACGGUAAGGGCCCCGUCACAAUUCAGUUGCUGUAGACCAGCUGGUUAGUGUGUAUCUUUUGGGGCCUGCGUGAGGCCUUGGGCUGUCAAUGCCCUCUGGACCCGCCUCUCUCUCCUCCACCCCCCCACCAUCAUGGACCUAACCCCCAAUCCCCCUAAAACACACAGUGAUUCCCUCACCCACCACCCCCCACACACACAGUGACACCCCCAACCAACCACCCCAGCCCCCACCAUCGUCAUUCCUGCUGUCUCUUCAUCCCCGCUCUCACCGGCCGCUGUCACACACAUGGGAAGUAAACUCGCACGUAAACACACACACACACACACACACACACACAGACAUACAAAUAGUGACCCCUCUGAAAAGACAGAAACUAGCUGUUAUUAGCUAAUAGCAGCACCACAGCUUCUGAAUGGAACUGCCUACGCAAACUGUCAUGGCUCUACUGCCACCCGUACACACACUACAAGCCACAGCCAGAAGAAACAUGGAUGAAAGAAAAAAGGACAAAAAAUUAAAAGAGAAGCCUCAUGGAGGCUGUCACACUACCCCAUUUUGUCUGUCACUACAUUCCCCUUGCUGUUGCGCCUCAUGAGAAGGAUGUGCUGUCGACUAACGUGAUUGGCCAGGAGAGAUCGAGUUUGGAGAUGGUUAUGGGAUAUAUCACUGCUCAAAACCAAAGAGACCCCCCCUCCCCCACACACAUACGUAAAUGCACACACAUGCACAGACGGCUCUGUGUGUCCUGGGACUCAACAGUGACCUCCAGUGGUGAACACGCGUCAUUGCAGUGGGACUUGUCUUCUGUAACAGACAUCCCCUACACAAGCUCACAGAGGCACGACACAACUCUCUCUCUCUCUCUCUCCCUCUCUCUCUCUCUCUCUCUCUCUCUCUCUCUCUCUUUCUCUCAUAUUCCAUCUUCUCUAGGCCAACUACACAAUUCUGCUUCAAGCUCACUGCCCUGGUCCAUGGAACUAGUGUGAGGUGUGAGGUCCAGCGGAUGUGUUUCACAUUAUGUAGCUGUGUGUGUGUCUGUGUGCUUAGUCCCAUGUCGGUCUCCUGAAAAAAGAAUACCGCCAAAGUUUUAGAUAAAGGACGUUCCCAAGCAAUGACAAAAAGGCAAGGCAAAUAGUGCUGGGGAGAAAAGUCUUGAUCAAACUAAAAAAAAACUUGCAACUGGCUUAGCCAGUGUCAGUGAUCUGCCAAAAAAAGACAAAAGAAAAGUGAUGGG